CUGUUUUUUCUAUCGUCAAAUAGUUCUUCAGCAAAAUUUGUGUGGUCUGAUAAGUCGUCGAAAUCAUCGAGGAGAAAUAGUCUUCAAUCACCGAUUUGUUUGACAUUUUUGGAUACUUUACCUAUUGGAUCAAGUAUUGGUACUGUUGUCGCCCUUCAUGGUGCGCCAGGUUCUCAUAAUGACUUUAAAUAUAUGGCGGUUCUUUUCGACAACCAACAAAUAAGAAUGAUUGGCAUAAAUUUUCCUGGAUAUGGAUAUACUUCAGGCAACGAAAAUAUUUUUUUUGAAAGCGACCGUAUUUGUUUCGUCCAACAAAUUGUUGAGCGAUUAAAUUUAGACAAAAUUACAUUUCUUGGCCAUAGCAGAGGAGCAGUGACAGCGAUGAAAUUAGGACUAAUCAACAAAGUUAUUAUAGUUUUUCAUUUAUGA